UGACCGGUCGCGCCUCGGAACGACGGCGACGACGUGUCUGGCGUCGUUGGUGGUGCACGUUCCCCUGACGAGCACGAGAGACGCGCGACGGCGACUCGGAACAUCCCCCGCUACUAUGAUAAUAACGAGAAGCACGGUGACGGCGGCGGCGGCGACGACAACGACGACGACGGUGGCACGGUGGCCGCUUCUCCAGAAGCGAGAAACGCUUGAUCGAACUUAUCACAACGUCGGUGGAAAACGGCGAUCAACGACGGACCUACAUAGCGACGCUGUCUCGGCGAUGUCUCGCAAUUGCGGCCGUCGCGUGGUACACGGGAACGACAACAGCAACAUCAUCGAGCCGCAAUGGAUCAGCGAUAGCUACGCAGAAAUCGUAACGGUGCUGCCGUACUACUAUUAUUGCCAGCGUUUCGCUAUUAUUAGCAUCGUAGCCUUAUUACUCGCCGCCGACGACGACGACCGCGGGGACGAUUUGAUAUCAGCACAACUUUUCGAGCAUCGGGAAGACGCGGGCACGGACAACAGCACGGCAACGAGCAGUGACGAUCUUCGUCUUCUCAACCGCCGGAACGGACUUCUACGUUAUUGCGCGUGACCAAGAGCCUUGUUAUUACUAGCCAUAAAUGACGAUAUGCGCGACGGAGGGAGUGUAACGAUGAUUAGCGAGGCGGCGUGCGAACGUUAAUCCGCGAGCCGGCUUCUCGUAUCGCAGUAUAACGAGACCGAGAGUCAACCGACAGAGCGAGUCAAUCGUUGAUAAUAACGCGUAUACAAAAGUCAUUCUCCGGCGCCGAUCGAUCGUCAUCGCGCGCCGGUAUACAGAGAAAACAGUGUUACAGGCGAGCGCAUAGGAAGUCGUGUCAUGCACGGUCAUCGGCCAGUGUACACACACCGGGAGGGGAAGGGUGGGAGGGGAUGGACCAGGGUAUAGGAGCGACGGGGAGAAGGAGCCAGGUAUCGUCGAUCCAGAUAAGCCGGUGUAUCGCGACAAGGAUGGACGCUUCGCCGCGGCGGCCAACCU